GUUGUCAGGGUAAACAUGAAACGCUGAGCUUUCAUCUGACAAGUCGAAACUUGAGAUCAUGAAUCUGGAAGAAAGAAGUUUGUUUUCGUUAUUGGUUCGCUGCAAAAAAAAUCUGUGUUUUAUGUGAUCUUUGUGUGAUCUUAUGUGAUGUUUGUGUGAUUUUUGGCUUCACUAUGGAUCACAGUGUUAAUGCUGGUGAUGAAAUAUCGACUGACUUUGAACUAGGCCGCUGUCAGCGAUGGAGGAAUCAAUGCGGGUUUUGGUUGCUUGGUCUGUGUAAUAACUUUGCUUACGUGGUGAUGCUGAGUGCUGCUCAUGACAUUUUAAAACAACAAGAAUCUCAGAAUGCAACAGUGCUGACUCCAGGCCUCCUACAUUCGCGCAGCGGAAACAGCAGCAACAGUAGCCGCUAUGACUGCAACCCAGUGUCUACUGCCGCUGUUCUUCUGGCUGACAUUUUACCCACUCUACUGAUCAAAUCGACAGCGCCGUUUUUCAUACACAAAGUGCCUUAUGGUUUCCGUGUUCUGGUGUGUGUCGCCACGGCAAUGAUGAGCUUCUUCAUGGUGUCAUUUUCUACAGCUGUGUGGAUGAGCAUAAUCGGCGUGAUCUUUGCCAGUGUGAGUUCAGGACUGGGCGAGCUCUCCUUCCUCUCCCUCACGGUCUAUUUCAGCAGUGAUGUGCUGAGCGGAUGGGGAUCAGGUACAGGAGGAGCAGGAGUCGCUGGUGCGUUACUUUAUUCUGCUUUUACACAAGCUGGACUUUCACCCCGAGUUACGCUGCUGAUCAUGCUGAUCAUCCCUGCCAUUCUGCUAAUAAGUUACUUUGUCCUUCUCUCCUUCCCUCCAUCGUUCCCACAGUGGAGAUCCGGGUCUGGAUUUUCCUCUGGGGGAGACAUUCAGGAACGGCGCCCCUUAAUAGACAACGAUAAUGAUGAAGACUUUGUUCAAGAUGAGAAAAGGAGAGAGGACCAACGUACUGGACCCCUGACCUUCUCAGACAAACUAGACAUCCUGAAGGAUCUGCUAAAGUAUACAGUACCUCUCUGUGUGGUGUACUUUGCUGAAUAUUUCAUCAACCAGGGAUUAUUGGAGUUGCUCUUCUUCCCUGCUUCCAGUUUGUCUCACGCAGAACAAUAUCGUUGGUAUCAGACUCUGUACCAGAUUGGUGUGUUCAUAUCCCGCAGCUCUCUCUACUGCCUUAAGAUCAGGAGAAUCUGGGUGUUUCCGCUGUUGCAGUGUGUGAACGCAGUUGUGCUGCUUCUUUCGGUGUAUUAUCAGUUCUGGCCAAAUGUUUGGUUGGUGUUUGUGAUGGUUCUGUAUGAAGGUUUGUUGGGCGGAGCCGCCUACGUGAACAUCUUCUACUUAAUCAGAGUUAAGACUGGCGACCGUGAGAGGGAAUUUGCGAUGGCUGCAGCGAGUGUCGGAGACAGUAUAGGCAUCGCUUUGUCUGCAGCACCAGCCAUUCCAAUACACAACUACUUCUGCACUCUGUGAGGGAGACAGACGGAAGGACGGAGGUCUUGGCGUACUUCAUGUAGAGACAACGUUCAACUCAAGCUGAUUCAUUCCAAGAUGGAGGACUUUGAGAAGCAAAUCAACAAAUUAGUGGGUAUGUGAGCUUGUAGGCUCACAAAGGGCUUUCCAUCUCCAUAUUAAGUUUGCUCAGGCCUUUAAGUUGGUGGUAUACUUUGAACAAUGGAAGAAGUAAAAGAAGAACUACUCGUCAGUUUACUCAAAACAAUCUUUAGUGUAUUUUUCUACAACGUUCACAACUAAGGUGAACAGACUUCAGAAUAUUGCGGGGUUGCCAGGUUAUGUUUGCCACAAAAAAACCCAUUUUGACAAUUCCCACCCAGCGACCAACCUCAGAAGGGAAAGGUUCAUAUUUUGUUCGUCCGAGAAAUCUGAAACCAGCCAACUGCAUCUCCUUUAGCUCAGGCUGCAUUACACACUCUGAGGAAAGCGCUAUCCACCCGUUUCUGCAUACAUGACCUCACAAACGCCUGCGAUAGCCGAGUGUCACUGUGAUUGAAGGAAGAGAGAGCUAACAGUUUCUUGGUGAUGGGGUGAACGAUUUUCUGUCGCUUUACUCAAGAUUCUGAACCGUAGCCAUGGAGAACGCUACAGUGCGCUUUACAAGACUAGUCAUUAUCUUAGACUUUAAAAGGUAAUGUAUAGAGUUUGGAAGAGGCAUGUUUUGAGUACUGGUGUCUUUUUAUGCUGCUUUUAAAGCAGACCUGGCAAACAUAUCAAACUGAAAUCAUCCAAAAAAAAAAAAUCAAUCAUCUGUGGUAAUCGAGGCACAAGUGCUUCAGACAGAGAUGUUCAUUUUGCAAAUCAAAACCUGAUAUUUUAUAAAAUAUAUAGUGCAGAAGUCAUUUUUGUUUAUUAAGCUUAAUGACCAACACUUCCAGGUCAAAUUAUUGCACACUUUUUUUUUUUUCUGGUUUAGAACUGUACAUAUCAAGCUGAACUGUACAUAUAACUAUUUCGCUGUUUGGUUUAAAGUAUACCACGAGCUUUAAGCAAUGAGAAGUUGACUGGAGUGAAAGCCAUGAUGAAGGCGAUGUACUGACCAUGAAUUUUGCUCAUGCAUUAUUUUCCUUUGGCUUAUUUUCUGGCUCAGAAAUACACUUUUGAUUUUAAUCAUAAUUUUAAACAUGAUUCAUAUAAACACAAUCUUUAGUGUAAAAAAAAAAAACUGUGUACUUGUUAGAUGUUUCCAUAUUUCUGUCUGAGGUAAUGCUAACUGUUAGCCUGACUGUUAUUAAUAAUAAUAAUAAUAAUAAUAAUUUCGGGCAGCACGGUGGUGUAGUGGUUAGCGCUGUCGCCUCAGCAAGAAGGUCCUGGGUUCGAGACCCGGGGCCGGCGAGGGCCUUUCUGUGCGGAGUUUGCAUGUUCUCCCCGUGUCCGCGUGGGUUUCCUCCGGGUGCUCCGGUUUCCCCCACAGUC